UCGGAUCUGACCAUCUUUCUUGCCUUUGUUUUCUUUCUUUUUUCUUUUCUUCUUCUUCUUUUCCCCUACCUGUUCUUGGUCGAUCGGGGAUUUCGCUGCCGUGAGGCUGACCCUUCUUGUGGUGCGGUGGUGGCAGUGGGUAGGAUGGCUGCUUGAUCCCCUUGAUUUUAGUAUUUUAUUUUAUUUUUCAGAUUAGAUGCGUAGUGUAGCUCGUACCUCGCAUUGCCCGCCCAAUGCGUGUUCUUCGUUUUCUUUAAUUUGGAUAAUAUAUGGCACUGAAUUUAUCAAGUUUAAAAAAAUGUCAUCGUAUUUUGCUUAACUUUGUCACCAUCAAGUACACCUAGAACGAAAAUUUCCAAAAUUAGACGGAACAUUCCGAAAUAUCGUAUUAUAGAAGUUGCCCUCGCGUAUCUUCCCCCUUUCCCUUGGCGUAAAAGAAAAUCUCCGGUGUCGUCUCCUCCGCUCCUUGUUCCCAAGACGAGUCGCGGCUGAACAGGGGAGGGGAGGGGAUCCUGGAUUUGAACAAGUCAGCUUGUCGCCACCAUGGUUCUUGAUUCAUUAUCAUCUCCUCACAGGAGGUCACAGAACACAUUUUUUCUAUCAUCCCCAAAGAAGCUUCAAUCAUCGAAGGAUGAUGUUGGCAGUUGGUCUGCACUGGUUGAGCGGCAUCGCUUCCUCUUGACAACACUAGUGGUUCUGGUCUUUCUGUGCACCAUCUAUCUGUACUUUGCAGUUACCUUGGGGGCACCUGAUGCUUGCUCUGGAUUAGCGGGCACUGAAAAGGCUGUAUGUCGGGCAAAAUCUGCUCUUCGACAUGGAAAAUUGAAAUUUUUCUAGCGCUGUCGUGCAUACUCUCGAAGACCAAGUUACUGAGGCUUACAAUGCGCUCUUCAGGUCACCCACAGCUUAUUCUUCAUACAUUGAAUCUGUAUAUUUUGUGGUGGAUGUAUUGCUUUGUAUUCAUGUUGUACUUUGUUGAGAGACCUGCUAUUCAAUAGUUGCAACAAAUCUGCUAGUGAUAGAGAGAAUUUAUAUGUUGUGUAAACGGUACAAGGUAGGUCAUCAUAUUAUUUUUUGUCAUGGUGUACUAAAAACACCAUGCCAUUACUAAUCCAUCCAGGAGACCCUGAUACUGUCUCCAUCCUGGCAUACUGUAAUUCAUUUGAAACUGCAUGAUACUAUCAAGUGUUAGUAGUGAUUACCAAGAAAUUUCACAAUCUUAGCUUGUUCUUUGGUUCA